AUGUCCGUUUCAGCACUCGACUCUCGAGUCUUUCGCAACCUGUUCGGCACCCAGGAGAUCCGGGGCGUCUUUACCGACGAAGCAUACGUGUCGAGACUGAUUGAGACCGAGGCCGCCCUCGCACGCGCAGAGAGUGCGGUCGGCGUGAUACCCGGCGAUGCAGGGGGUGUUAUAACGCGGGCGCUGGAGAAUGUCAAGAUCGAUUUCGAUCGUCUCUCUUCCGAGACAGACAUCGUGGGAUACCCUGUACUCCCACUUGUUCGACAGCUCGUGGAACAAACACCACCUGAACACGCCAAGUAUAUCCACUGGGGUGCCACGACUCAAGAUAUCAUGGACGAUGCGUCGGUGUUGCAGAUCCGUCAAGGCCUGAAGAUUGUAAGGAGGGAAUUGGAGCUUCUGAGGGAUGUUCUUGCCAAGUUGGCCGAGAAGUACAAGGAUACUCCAAUGGCAGGUCGUACGCACCUCCAACACGCCCUCCCGUGCACAUUCGGGUACAAGUGCGCCGUGUACCUCUCUUCCAUCAUCCGACACCUCCAACGGUUGACGGAAAUCGAGUCGCGGGCGUUAAUGGUUCAGUUCGGCGGCGCAGCAGGAACGCUCGCGUCGCUGGGCACAUCGUCGGACGGGAUCAAAGUCCGCGCCGCGCUCGCGAGGGAACUCUCCCUCGUCGACCCGCCUAUAACAUGGCACGUGGCGCGGGACAAUGUGGCCGAAAUCCUCAACUUCCUCGCCCUACUCGGUGGGACCUUGGGUAAGAUCGCAUACGACUUGAUCGUCAUGUCGUCCAACGAGCUGGGCGAGGUGAGUGAGCCCUUUGUCCCGCACAGGGGCGCCAGCAGCACGAUGCCCCAGAAACGGAACCCGAUCAGCUCAGAGGUCAUUCUGGCGGCGAGUAAACUCCUGCGUGCGAACGCCGGGUUGGGCUUGGACGCCAUGGUUGUCGAUUUCGAGAGGGCGUCCGGCCCGUGGCAUCUCGAGUGGGUUGCCAUUCCAGAGGCGUUUGUCCUUGGUGUCGGCAGUCUGCAUCAGGCCAACUUCGCGCUGGGCGGGUUGGUUGUUAAUGCGGGCGCGAUGAGUAGCAAUCUACAUUCAACGCGCGGGUUGAUCGUCGGCGAGGCCGUCAUGAUGAGUCUCGCGCCACGUGUGGGCCGACAAAAGGCUCACGAUAUCGUGUAUGACGCCUGCCGGGUUGCGAUUGAAACAGAUACGAAAUUGGCCGAUGUGUUGAAACAGGAUAAAGACGUCAUGGUAGCUUUGGAUGCCACGAAAGUUGAAGAGUUGUGUGAUCCGCUCAAUUACCUUGGGGCAAGUCAGCUCAUGGUUGAUAGGGUUUUGGAGGAUGUGAGGUGA